CUUUCCAAGUUCCAACAGCUGCCUUCCAGCACAAAACAACUUGGUGACAUAAGCUAAACUGCUCACAACAAAUGGACACACUUCAUUGUGUUCUCAGCUCACUACCAAAAUUUUCUUGUUUCCUCCUACAAAUUACAAGCCCAACUGAUAGCUGUCCCAUACAACACAACUUAUAUCACUUCCAACACUUCCAAAAACCUCAAUACUUCAUUCCUAUUCAAACUACACAAUGCCCUCCUCUAAUUUCACCAACUUGUUCAUACUUACUGCAGCUCUUCUUGUCCUACACAAACCAGCCGCUGCUGUGGAUGAUGGGAGCGGCUUCCACGGAUACGAGAGGGACGCCCUCUUGCACCUCAAGUCGGGGCUCAACAGCCCGUUUCUCGACAGAAAUUGGACGGGCAUCAUGUGCUACAUGGACAACGCCCCCUACUGGUAUGGCGUCCAAUGCCAUAAAGGUCGAGUCACCGGCCUAAUCUUGGACAGCAUUGGCCUAACUGGAGAUGUCAAGGUAGAUGCACUUUCCAAUCUCACCGAGCUACAAACGCUUAGCUUCAAGAACAAUUCCAUCACUGGGAGAGUGAUGGAGUUCACACUAAAUCAAAAGCUAAGAAGCAUAGACCUAUCAAGAAACAGAUUCUAUGGUGAGAUCCCACCAUCUCUCUUAAACCUCGAUUCCCUCGAAUCCCUACAGAUUCAAGACAACAGCUUGACUGGUCCCAUCCCAGGAUUCAGCCAGUCGGGAUUAACAAGAUUCAACGUCUCUAACAAUAAGCUUUCUGGUGAAAUCCCACAAACCAAAACUCUGCAAGCAGUUGGGCUUUCUUCCUACCAAGGCAAUGCAAAUUUGUGUGGCCCUCCAUCUUCAACACUCUGCAGUGUUAAACGGCAGAGUGUAUCUGAGGCAAGUAGUGAUCAAAGUUCGGGGGGACAAAGCCAUGGCAACGGCCUUUUCGUGGCUGUUUUGGUGGUGGUUGAUGUGCUGGUGGUGGUGAUCAUCCUCUUGCUCUUGUUCACGUACUACAAGAAAUACAAUAAGCUGAGGAAGGAGAUGAAGGCGAAGGCUAUCCCGGUUAAAGAAGAAGAGCACAACAGCACGAUUAUGGAGAGAGCAACAGAGAGGAGGAUAUCGGUGGGGGAAGGGGGAAAUCUGGUGUUUGUGGAGAGUGAUCAUGGAACGACGACGUUUGAUCUGGACGAUCUGUUUAGAGCAUCGGCUGAAGGGUUGGGGAAGGGCAAUUUCGGAAACUGCUACAAGGCUAUGAUGGAGGUCGGGCCGACUGUGGUGGUGAAGCGUUUGAGGGAUCUGAAACCGUUAAACAAAGAUGAGUUUACAAGACAGAUCACAGCCAUGGCUGAUCAAAAGCACCCUAAUUUGUUGCCUCUUUUGGCCUACUUCUACUCCAAGGAGGAGAAGCUCUUCGUCUACAAAUUUGCAGCUAAUGGAAAUCUGUUCAAUCGAAUCCACGGUGGAAGAGGAACGAGGGAGCGAAUCCCCUUCCGGUGGAGCUCGCGGCUGGCGGCGGCGCGCGGCGUGGCGCGAGCCCUAAAUUACCUCCACGGAAACACGAGAUCUCACACCGCCGUCCCCCACGGCAACCUGAAAUCGACGAACGUCCUGAUCGACGAGAGCGACGAGAUCCUGGUGGCGGACUACGGCCUCACGUCGCUGAUCGCGCUCCGGAUGGCGGCGCAGCGGAUGGUGGCGUACAAAUGCCCCGAAUACCUGUCGCAGAAGACCGUGUCGAAGAAGUCGGACGUGUGGAGCUACGGCUGCCUGGUGCUGGAGCUCCUGACGGGGAGAGUGCCGGCGCACUCGGCGGCGGAGGGGGUGGCCGGGGUGGACCUGUGCGGGUGGGUGCACCGCGCGGUGAGGGAGGAGUGGACGGGGGAGGUAUUCGACGAGGAGAUGGCGGUGCAUAGGGGGGCUAACAGGGGGAUGCUGAAGCUGAUGCAGAUCGCGCUGAAAUGCUGCGAUCGGACGCCGGAGAAGAGGCCGGAGAUGGAGGAGGUGGCAGCGGAGGUGGAGGAGAUCAAGACCGGCGGCGAAUCGGAGGAGGAUGAUUACUCGUAUUCGUCGUACGAUCGAUCGCUGACGGUGACGGAGACGGAUGAUUCAUUGUCUGCAACUACGUCGGUGUGAAUGGAGAUUGCAUGCAUUUCUUCAUCCCAUUUCAAGCGUUAGUUAGGUUUCGACUCUCGAACCUAUACUAUUAAGGGCUCGUCUGGUAGUAGUGUAAAUAAUUAACAUGGAUGUAUGGUUAAUGGGCUUUCAUGACUUCAUGGGCAGAAUUAUAUAUUGUUUGGUUCAGCCCAAGCAAAUUGUUAGUUGAAUUGGGGUAGGCUUGAAACAUA